GGGACACGAAAAACACGUCCAGGGUGGCAGCAGGCGGAGCGGACAGCGUUUCAGCUCGGUGAGGAGGGCAAGGUGUUCCAGAUCCUGUUUAACAGAUGACAGAGGGGAGAUGAUGGACCACCUGCUGCUGUAGCUGCUCUGAGAGAUAUAACUUGGUCGUGCAGGUAUGAUGGCGUUUGCUGGGCCUGAACUGCAGUGGAAGUGGACAGCGUUGCACGAUGCUGUAUCUCUGCAUGCUGUGGAGAGGAGGAUAAGGACGGCUGCAGCCGCUGCUGCUGUGAGCAGACAGUGGAGGCUCCACAGCCGACCCCGGCCCCAACACACAGUGCUGGAUGAGCGCAGGCUGCACCAUGCUGCCUGGGAGGGCUGUCUGGAGCAGGUGAAGACCCUGCUUGAACGAGGCAUUCCUGCUAACUGCCAAGACCCUCAUGGCUGGACAGCUGCCCACCACGCUGCUUUCCGAGGCCACCUGACGCUGCUCAGAUUUCUGCUGCAGGGUGGAGAGAUGGAGGUGAACUGCCGAGACUUCUUCAGCUGUACCCCGCUGCACCGCUCCUGCAUGGGGAGCAACACCGACACCACAGAGUACCUCCUCCAGAAGGGGGCGUCCCAUGAAGUGCGCUCCAGCUGUGGUCAGACCCCCCUGCACCUGGCAGCAGCUAGUGGUAACCUGGGCUCAGCACGGGCUCUGCUGCAGCACCUGGCUGCUCCUGACCCGCAGGACUUCCACAGGUGGACGCCGCUCCACUGGGCGGUUUUCGGGGGCUGGGGAGAUGUGGUGGAGCUCCUGCUGGAUAACGGGGCAGAUGUGGAAGGGGCCAGUGGUGGUGGGGUAACUCCGCUACAGCUAGCAGUAAUGGUGGGCAAUGAGCCGGGUGUGAGACUCCUGCUCCAUCGGGGGGCUGAUGCCAACCUCAGAGGCUCGGGUGGGCGCACAGCGCUGCAUCUGUGCGCCUGCUCAGCUGAGAAAAAGAUCCUGCAGCAUCUGCUAGCAGCUGGGGCUAAAGUGUGCGUUCGGGACGGGGAGCAGGCCGCUCCGCUACACCUGGCCGCCCUCGCCGGCUCCAGGGCGGUGGUCCACCUGCUGAUCCUGAACGGAGCCGGGCUGGAGGACAGGGACAGUCUGGAGAUGACCCCGCUGCACUACUCUACGCUGAAGGAUAACGAUGAAGCUGCUAAGCUCCUGCUGCAUUAUGGGGCACAGGUGGACGCUGCUGAGAGACUGGGGAGGACUGCGCUGCACCUGGCGGCAGAACGAGGCCACUGCAAGGUCCUCAGCGUUCUGCUGGAGAGCGGUGCAGACCUCUCACUCAGAACCAAGUGGAGGGAGACAGCGGAAGACGUGGCUAAAGUGCACGGGCAGUCCGGAUCCCUUCACCUGCUCCAGCAGCACAGCAAAGCUCCAGCCAAAGCACAAACUACAGGCCGUGAUACCACAUGACAGAGGGAGAGAGAGAGGGCAACAAACACCAGCCAGUGGGAGAGCUGGGUUUAGGGGGGAGUUUAAACACAGAAUCUACAGGGUUGUAAAAUGUCCAGAGAAUGUGUACUUUAGUGACAGUAUGGGUACUACGUUAAAAUCUUACUCAGUCAAAACUCAGUUAAAGGAAUUAUGGAGCCAUAAAUAUGCCUGACUGAAUAUCAGAAUAGAUCCAACUUUGAACACACUUGGAUUUAUAUAUAUAUAUA